AGCGAGAGUGGGGUGCAUUUAAAGAAAACCGAAUAAAAAUAUCGAGGUCAUCGUACACGCAGGAAGCAGCGCAACAACCAGAAGAAACAUUUGCCAAUUUCUUUUUGUGUGCUUCCGCAAGGACUUGAAAGCAACGGCCCGUCCACGAGAAAAAGAAGCGCAGGGUCGGUCGGUCGGCGUGGUGCGUAGUUAGUUAGUGUUCGUGUGUGUGUGAGUGAGUGAGUGCGAGCGAAAUUGCGUAUUAAGAAACGAAACAACAACAACUACGGCUCGAAAAAGAAAGCCUCGAAAAACAAUACAUAUAUAAAACUGCAGACGCAGACAGCAGAAAUUUCCAAAACCCAAAAGCUUUACCGAGUGGUCGCGAUUGCUUUACAACAGGAACUACAACAAAAACAGCUUAUUUCAUGGGUCUGACAGAUCAAGAUUGGAUCGGCUGUGCGGUGUCCAUUACGUGCGACGAAGUCUUGGGCGUCUUCCAGGGUCUGAUCAAGCAAAUCUCUGCGGAGGAAAUAACCAUCGUACGCGCUUUUCGCAAUGGCGUCCCGUUGCGCAAGCAGAACGCCGAGGUGGUGCUCAAGUGCACGGACAUACGGAGCAUCAACCUCAUCGAGCCGGUCAAUCAGGAUGUGGAGACGCAUUCGACGCCCACGGUGAUGAACAAGCCCACGCCCGUCAAGUUGCCGCACUUUUCUAACAUUCUCGGCAAGCAGCAGCAGUUGCAGCAGCAGCAACAACAACAGCAACUCCAAUUGCAGCAGAAACAGCAACAGCAGCAGCCAGAACAGGAUCUGCCAAUGACAUCCAGGGGCAAGGCGAACGGCUAUGGGCGAGGAGAAGGAAGUGGAAGUGGUGGUAGCAGUGCAGCUACCUCGGCGCUUAGCGAUAAAAUGCACCAGCUAAAGCUCAUGGAGGCGAAUGGACUGAAUGGCACAAGGAGAACGCCGCAGAACUCGCGAGCGCCCAGCGCUCAGCAGCAGCAACAGCAGCAGAUGUCGACGACUCCGAAUAGUGUGGCGGCAUUCUUUGGCAACAUGAUACCGCCCAAGGUAGAGGUGAAGCUGGGGGUUGCUGUUGCAGCCGGCUACAUUGGGAACAAUCGAGAGAGCUACUGCAGCAGCAGUGCGGAGGGUAGCAGUGGUAGUGGCGAGGCAGCAUCGGCGGCAGUCAGCAGCAGGCCCAUCGAUAUCAUAAGCAACGGCGAUGGAUACUACAAGCAGCCGCAGUCAGCUUCAAGCUACGGCAACGUCAGAAGGAAUGGAAAUGGCAAUGGAAACGGCUCUUACACCAAUGGCAAUGGCAACGGGAAUGGAAAUGGAAAUGGUAACGGUAACGGCAACGGCAAGAAUAAACGUAAUAGGGUGCGACGAGAGAGUAGCAUGCGGCAGACAUUUGGCAGCGAGGCAGACGAUCCACUGCUCCAGGAAGAGUUUGAUUUCGAGGGGAAUCUGGCGUUGUUCGACAAGCAGGCCAUUUGGGAGAACAUCGAGUCGACGCGACCCGAUGCAGCGCGGCAAACCGUGAAACAUCAUCAGCAUCAGCCAGAGCAGAAGUAUCGUCACGACGAGAACAUCCUGGCCAGCAAGCCACUUCAGUUGCGCCAGAUAGAGAGCAUUUUUGAUGGCAGCAAGGACUUUGUGACUGACGAUGGGCUGAUUAUACCAACCGUACCGUCAUUUGUGCGCAACAAGAUUGAGCUGUGUGCCGAGAAGGCGGGUCUGUCGCUGCAGCGGCAGAUUGACAUAUUGGCGCGCGGGGCCAGCGACCUGGCCAUCACACUGCUGGGCGGUGCUAGACGCCUGACGCCGGCCAACAAUCAUCAGUGGCCCAAGAUAGCCAUCAUUUGUGAUGGCGUCAAGAACAUGAGAACAAUUAACAUUGGAGCCGCUACGGGCCGACAGCUGGCCUCCCAUGGCCUGACCGUUUUGCUGUAUGUGGAGCAGGCGCAGCUGGUUGGCCAGAGCGUGGAGAUUUCCCUGUUCAAGGCAACAGACAAUGUCAUAGUCCAUGCCGUGGAUGCCUUACCGACGCCAGAUCUUGUGAUAUUAUCGACUAACACCGCUACUCUAUCGGAUGCAAUCAAGAAUUGGCUCAGGUUAAAUCGCGCCUCGGUGCUUGCCAUAGAUCCGCCACCGUGUGGUAUUAACGAUGUGGCAAUCAAAUACUCUAUAUUACCUAUACUACCAUUGAAUGGCAUAUCAACAGCAGCAGCAGCAUCAUCAUCAUCGUCGGCUGCAGCAACACCAACGCCCCUACCGAGCACAUCUUCGGCUGCUGCAGCAGCAGCAGCAGCAGCGGCUGUUGCAAAACCAGCAACCCCUUCAUCAACGAACAAUUGUGGCAAAUUGUAUUUAUGUAACUUAGGUAUACCGGAUAAAUUCUAUCGUGAUUGUGGCAUUAAGUACAAAAGUCCGUAUGGACAUAAAUAUGUGAUACCGAUUCACUCAAAGGACUGAAACAACAACAACAACAACAUAACCGACAGCUAACAUCUACAACAGCAAUCAAAUCAAUCAACAACAAAAACACCAAUACAACUACACUACACACCCAUCCUCACAAACACUUACACCCACACACAUACACACACUUGUGAUGAGAUGAUCCAUCAGUCCAUAAAUUUCCUGUGAAUCUAGCUCUUAGAAGUCCUCUCCUUCUCUCUAUCUCUGAUAUCUAACUCGAUUUCAACAUUUUGUUCAACGACGCGUAUACAUUUAGAUACUUAAGAUAGUUUACACGCACCCGCCCCCUCCCUCCUCUCUAUAUUGUAUAUGUAUAUUUUAGUAAUUAUUAUAUUUUUGCUUUACUCUCUCUUACAACUCGUAAUCCUUACAAAAAUGCUGCCAACCUAUAAUUGUAUCAAUAAUUUUUGUGCACUUUCAAUUUUUUGAAAACAUAUUUCUUAACAUUUUGGUUACCCCGUCGUUCUGAAAAGCUAGUCCAGCAUUUAAAACAAUUUUCAAAAGCUUUAGGAACCAAUUUUAAAAUUUUAAUAUUAUUUGCAUUCCCAUUGCCUCCCAGCAUACAUCCAGCCUUUAAAACCGUGGUCUUCAAACGUGAAUAUUCAUCAGUAAAAUCUUUAAAUCAGGCAUAAAAAAUCGUUUGUAAAUAACAAUUCUAUGGGAAAGAUCAUGUUAAUUAUUGUGGAGAGCCAGUACUUGGAGGAGAAUGCGCAAUAAAUGCCAAAUUCUAUGUCUAAUUCUAAGCAUUAAAUCAACAACUAAAUGUACUAUACAAAAGCAGAAUACAAAUCCAAGAAUAAAAUCAAAUCUGUAGAUAAGUUAGCUUUUAAGAGAUUCCGUAAGAGUUUAAUAUGUUAAACAAACAACCAGCAAAAGCAAAAGCAACAGCGACAGCAAACAACAAGCCACAAUCCAUACCACUCACAGAGACAGAGGAUAAACUUUCUAUAUUGUCUAGUAGAUCUAUUAUGUAAGAGAUGAUGUGUCGUCGAGAGAGGAGCACACCUUUUUACCCAUCGAAUACUGGAGAGAGUAAACCACAAAAAAAAAAAAACAGCAGAACAGCAAUAUUUAAAUGUAAAUUCCAAACUGUAGAUCGAGGAAUUUUAUAUCAAGUUAAAUCCAAUCAAAUAGUUCAAAAUUUUUAAUCAACAAAAACAAUUUAAACUUAAUAUCUAAAUGAAAUGAAAUUGUUGUAUAAAUAAUAAUUAAAGUAAAUUAGAUUCUAAAGCUCA